AUGAAGGUGACGUCACGUUUCGCCUGUGCAGCAGCUGUCGUCCUCGUGACCUUGACCUUCACCAGCUGUGCCGAAUUUGAUGACGUCAGAGACCUGGUCAGGACCCAGGACUUCCUCACUCACCUGGACACACUCUCCCCAGUCCCCGGAUGUUACCAGAACCUGACAUGCGUCAACUUAACCUUCGACCACAUUCCAGAAAACGAAACAUCUUUGUACCUGAACGACUCGUGUUUCGUCUGCCUUAACCGAACUCGAAACCCAGACUUCUGCCUCGAAGCACUCACCAAAAUCUUUGACGAAGUUCUCUGUUCUUACCACUCUUAUUUUGAUCCUAGUAAUCUGCAGAAGGUGGAAGAUCUAGGACUGAAAAGGUGGUACAAACUUUAUCUAGAGAUCAGAUAUUUUGAUAACCCCUCUGUGUUGGGGGAUGCGGCAAGAGACGCCAUUCUCACAACUGUGAAGCAAAGGAUUUUGUACAGAUACAAAAUGGCCCUAGCAACGGACGGGGGCACGCCCAUCAACCAUAAAGAUGGACUUGGUUUCUCAGAAACAGAGCUCUAUCAAGAAGACGAGUAUUUUAAGGAAAUGUAUGCUUACUUCAGACAUAAUAGUAUCUUCUUGUAGGAAGUACCAACAAAGUAUACCAGUUGAAAGGCAAUUUCCCCCGUACAGCAAGCUAGAAAUUACAAUGAGACAAUAACUCAUUUCUUGAGAAAGGGUCCCAGUCAAUAGCACAUUUACUAGCAUGUUUAUUCUAGACCUUUGUUACUAUCUUACUGUAUAUAUGUACACUAUUGAUAUCGUUAUUGUUAACCUGUAAAAAUGACAAUUUGUUUUUCUUUGUCCAAAUCAAUGUUUUAUUUCUGUCUUCUGCACAGAUCACAACAAAGAUAAAAUGUCCAAAUGAAAAUAUUCAAAUACAUUAUCAUCGAUACCCUGAAUGUCUUUUAAGUACAGCAACUAACACUGUGUUAGAUGUACUACAAGUUAGAUGUACUACAACGAAAAACAGACUUGGUGGUACUUUCCAUUACAUUGGAAUCCUUAGUGGUCGUCCAAAGAGCUGACAAAUGGACAAUAAAAGGUUGAUAGUAAAAUGCUGAUCACAAAAUUCAUGUAUCAGGAAUCCUCUUUGUGUGAUACCUCCUCUUUACUUGACCAAAUACAGUGACGAAAUAUGAUAUUGUACCAGUAAAUGUUUGUUUCAAUAUCGCAGUCUCUCCCAAAAGAAAACAAAAAGACAUCUUCAACUGUCACACGUUUUGACAUAUCUAUAUGUUGAUCUUAUCCUAAUAUGAACUAUUAAUGUCAAUGUCCCUGAUUUUUUGUUGUUGUUUCGAAGUAGGAAAAUUGAAAUUGAUUUUCCUCACUGAUGAUGUUUCACUGAUACCACAAUUGCAAGUUUUAAAAGAGGUUUUUGACUUGAUCUUCACAACACAUUGGACAUACCGUCUACUGUUACAGUUACUGUAGUUAACAUUCAUCCUAGUACUGGUCUUUGCUGAAACCAAUACAAAAUUGGUGAUGGAGGGAGGCAGUUAUGUAAGAUAUGAUAGUGAAGUUCACUACACAUGGAUUUACAAACAUGUUCAACUUGUCUACGUCAGAAAAAAUACUGUUCUGGCCAGAAUGGCAUGUCUUGGGAAGGGACGGAAAAACAAUCAAUAUCAUCAUAAAACAGGAAAAAUGAUAUCUCCUAAUGUUAUUGGGUAUGACAACAACAAAAAAUGAUUACUUUUCUUCUAUCAAACAAUCGUAAGUUUCUUCGUUUGUCUUCAAAAAUGAACUGGACAACAAUUACUGUGCACAAAAAUGUAUGAUCAGUCUUGCAAAUACAUAUUAGUUUCUGGCAGUUAUUGAAAAAUUCACACUUGAACCAAUAAAGUUUUCAAGACUUCUCAUAAAAAUAAGCAUGCAGCAAGUACAUAUUCUAUGAAUGAAGCUUUAACUUAGAAUAGAAUUCAUCAAGUCAUCUGCAUCUUUACACAUAUACACAGUGAAUUGCAACUACUUCCUUUGUCCUAACAAAAACAUAAUGGCUGGUUACACACUACCUCUAUUGCAGUACUGAUCGUCUUCAUACAUGUAAUUAAAAUUCUCAGUCUUUCACUU